GCAACUUGCACACGCAUCCCGCAAUGUACACAUCGCAGAAAAUGGAAUCUCGUGUGGACGCCCAGAAGCUCUGCCUCGAGAGGAAUCCGCUCUGCGUUAACACACGAUCGGUUAGAAUUGACAGCAAAAAUCCUUUUGACAUGGAAACAAUUGCCAAUAGAGUCAAUAUACAAUGCGAACGGAAAGCUGAUGGACAUCAUACCCAACAUCCAGAUCAUCCAGGGUCAGAGAAAGUCCGUACAGCUAAUGUUUGCUAAAUUUGCCUACGCCAAGAACAACCAGCGCGGAAACACCAUUUACUGGAACUGUCGGAGUCGGCGUAACGGAAAACAUCCGUGCAACGCUCGAUUAUCCAUUAGCAGGCUCCCGAACGGACUGUACAAGGUUUGUCUGUCGCAGCCGGAGCACAAUCACCCGCCUUCCAAGCGCCUAUGUAGAAAGUAUGAUUAGUUUGUAAGCUUUGCCAAAUAUAAACGCGCCAUGACUUGGCAAACAGCAUUAAA